AUAAGGAAAUGAGGAGGAACAUGAGAACUUAUGAUAUAUGACAUUAGAUACAUGACAUUAGUGUUGGAUUCUCAUAGAUUGUGCAGGUCUGUGGAAGAAGGAGCAAACUUCCAGCAGAAGUGCAUGAUGGGAACUAUACUAACAUGGGUACGUGAAAGCAUGCAGCAUAGUCUCUGACAUGAACACACACUAACUAACCAAGAAGUUACCUAAAGGGGGUGGGAUAGGCACACUUAUUCAUCCGGGGAAUAGCACGUCUUCACGGGGGGAGUUUGCGGGCCUAACUGUGCAGUGCACCGCUCUGACCGGACCGCCGGUUAGCAGCUGCUAAGAUGUGUGUCCGCCGCUCCACGAAGCUCCGCCGGGGAAGUGAGCCGUUCACCGGAUGAUGGACAGGAACUACCCGAGCUCCAGCUUUGCGGAAGCGCUGGCUCCAGCAGCACAGCCCGCAGCUUCUUGGGCCUAUGACCGCAGCUCGGCUACGAUCAAGCCAAGUUAUGGUGCAGCACAGCUUGAUGCAGGCCUCCUCCAGCGCCAGAGCUACACUUCGACACAGCAGCUCCCCACCUACACUACAGCACACCUGGCGUCUGCCACAGGAGCGCUUGAUACAAACAUGAAUACUUCAGAGACCUCAAUCAUGAGCUUCCUGUCAGCCAUGGAAUCAAGAAGCCCUGUUAGUGCCUCACUACUACCCCCUUUUAGACCUCCGUCAUGGCCUGCAGGUAUCAACUCCUCCACCACGGAGCUGUAUUUGACUGGUGCUCUGCCUUCUACCGCCACAUUUCCUUCACCGGCUGCUCUGUCAACCUAUCAAAAUACUGGUCCGUACACUUCCAGGAGCUAUUCCACCAACCCUUCCGUGGCUCUCCAGGAUCUAGCCCUCAGCACUUCCACCAAUGGCCUGUUGUCUCAUCACGACCCCCUCCUCCAACUCAAAUCGAGCCAAAGUGUGCUUCCAACAGCCCUGGCCUUCAAUCUUUCUGGCUCCGUUUUGGGCUCAACCCUUCCCGUGCAGUCCUCCACAUACCGGUCAGCCCAGGAAUCAGCCCCCCACCUCCUAGAACCACAGUGUAGCCUUUUAUCGCCAGCCCUUCCUGCCCGUCAUAGUGCCUCACAGUCCUACGGGGCCACCGUUUUCUCAGGCUCUGUUGAGAGAGCGCUUCAGCGAGAAUGUAGCGUGAUCAAACACCACCAGAGGCCUUCUACAAGCCACAUAGCCUCAGAACAAAUACCCAACUCUGAGGACUCAUUACAGGGUUACUAUGGCUCUGGUGGUGAAGGGUCCAUGUCCUACCAACAAGACCCAUCUCAUGAGACCCCGGCAUCUUGCAGCCCUUCCACACAAAAUGAUUCCUCUCACGGGAUCAAUGGUGCCAUAAAACACAAAGUAGACUCGGUUACUCAAAGCUAUUCAUGCACCACAGUCCCGACAGCUAAAGAGUGCUCUUCCAAAUUAGCUUCUGUUGGCCAUGAGGAGAAUCAGAGCCUUUCCCAGGCCGGACAAAAGCAGAACUCUGUGAUAGCUAACCAGCUACCACCACAACUACCUGGCCUUAUGUCUAGCAGCAUGUCUCAGACCUAUAUCACCCCACAUACCCAGGCACAACCCUCUCAUUCCUCCUCAGACAAUUUAUUAUCCCUAUAUAAAACACUACCUUCCAUCUCCAGUCUGUCUAGCAAUGUGGCAUCGGUAAGUCAGGCUCUGGUGUACUCUCCCAGUCCAGGCCUGAGCCAAGAACAGUAUGGUGUCCAGAUCCAGGGUUUGUGUCAAGGGAGUUAUCCCUCGUCUCACUCUCAAACCGACCCUAUUGUGGCUUACACGUCUGAGUCACAAGAGCAGGCUUCAGUGACUCAAUCUCAGCGCUAUGCCAUAGUACAAUCCCUGAACCUUUCUUACCAAGCCACUUGUGGACAGAAUCUGUCUACCUCUGCACAGGACUAUGCCCUGAUGCAAGCCCCUGUGGGAAAUAAAACACUUAGCACAGUUUCCCAUGACACAGUUUCCCAGCAGGCAGCAGUCCAGACUACACAUACUUAUGAGACUGUGCCUGCUUCAUACUCUUCAACUGCCCAAGCUUUAACUAAUAAUAAUGUCAGAUCAUCAUUAAAGGACAUAAAGCCAACAUAUAGCAAACAGACACUUGAAGAACUCCCUUUACAGGACCUACAGACUCUCCAGCAGGCGUCCAUGGGGGGCUCUGUCGUAAAUGGUACCAUGGCAGCACAAAACAAUGUAAUCUAUGUUGUUUCAAAAAUGGAUGACCUCCACAAAACGCAAAGCGUCAUCAGAGACAGUUCACGUUCUGAUGACCAGCUUUCACACCUAAACACAGCACAGGUUAGCCAUGAGAGGUUGAGCUCUCUGGGCCAGCACCACAGUCACCUAAGCAGUGCCAACGGCCAGGAAAAUGCAGAUCUAAAAACGACUAACUCCGGUGCUAUAUCUUCACAUGUACUCCUGAGCCCAGAACUUAAGCAGCGGCCUCUCCACAUCAAAUCACCCGAGCCACAACAAACCCACCAAGAACAGACCCCAGCAUCACACACCCAGUUCAUCACUGUCCCUAAUGCUCAGGUUCUCUUAGAGCCUAACCAGAUGAUUCUUCUUCAGCAGCCUCUCAUGCACCAUGCCCAAAUGUCUUCAAAGGUAGUAUCAGUGCAAGGUCUCCAAUCGGCCCAAGGUUUGGGCCCUCUGAAUGUCCAGUACCUUCAGAUGGAUCAGGAACAACUGCUUUGUCCCAGUGUCUCUGAAACACAAAGUCAGCAGGUCACAGUUGUGUGUGCGCAGAACUCUGGGUGCUCCGAUUCCUCUAAAGACCACUAUAGCCAGUCAGCAAAUCACCAGUCAAAUGAUGCUAAGAACCAAUUUGCCCUUAACACGCUUUGCUUCCCGGACUCCGUGUUGCUUGCCGAUGACAGGAAUAUUUUAUCAAACGUUGACGACAUCUUAGCUGCCACCGUGGCUGCUUGUGGUGUCACACCGCAGGACUUUGUCAAAGCUGCGUCCUCCACCCAGGCUGAAAUGGUAGCGAUGGCAGGUUCGGUUGAUGCCAAGAAUCACUUUCAGACAGUGGAUGUAACGCACAUGUCACCAAGUUUCUCCACAACACAACAGACAAUCGUCACGGACAGUAGCUCCAUGCCUAUGACGCUAAAUGUAGCACAGAUCUCUACAGACCGCCAAGGACUGUCCGUUCAUGACAACAGCUCUGAUCUUGACACCAAUGGAGAUGCAGAGAGCUCUGAAAACGACUACCACUCAGUUGGGCAAGUUUAUGACCCUUCAGGCUUCCAAAGCAGUGUCAAAGGGCAGUGUAUCAAAACGGAGAACGGCUUCAUGGAAUGCCCAGGUGUUGAGGACUUCCCCAAAAAGAAAGUCCGCUCUAAAUCUUUGACAAAGGGAGAAGAUAAUGUACAAGCAAAGCCUGCCAAGCGCACUGUGCAGGCAAAGCGGCAUAACUCCAGAGGCGGUGAUGCCAGCCCAUCUGCCUCACAAAGCACCUAUGAUGGUUGUGCACAACAGGAGAGAAUUAGGCAGAAGAUACGAGAGGUGGAAGAGAAACAACCAGAGGUGAAAACUGGUUUCAUCGGCUCCUUCCUGGACUUCAUUAAAUCUGGCCCCAAACAGCAGUACCCUGCAAAUCCUUCAAGAACCGUCAGUCGGCCCAAAAAGCCCGGUGUCUUGUCCAAACCACCGCAGUCUAUUAUUGUACCCCCCAAAAUUCAAACGCUGCCGGGUUCAUUGAUUCCCCAGCAGGGUCAGGGAGCGAGCUCUCAGCAGAAACGUCUGGAUGAAGAGCUACAGAAGAACUUGGAGACGCUGCCGUCGUUCAGCUCCGAUGAAGAGGAGAACACGGGGAAGAACCAGGCGCUGAGGAACAGCAUCAGCUCGGCACUCUCUGCUCUCGAUGAGUCGUCAGAACGGAAAGCCAAGCCAGAUAACAACAUCCCUAUUAUGAUACUAAAACCACUCCAAGUGCCCACUGUGACAUUCAACAUCACAGAAACCCGCUUGCCAUCGAUAUCCACUUCCAGCCAAAUGCCAAACGCCGUCGUCACAGGAAUCACAACUGCUGUCAGACAGCAGUCCAAAGAGACGCCGCCCGGCCAACUCGCUGUACAGUUGACGAGCGUGGCCAUCGAGGGACUGACUGACGAGGAGCUGUCGGACAGCGGAGGGGAAGGAAUGUACCGGGAGAGAGACGAGUUUGUUGUGAGGAACGAGGAUAUUGAGAUCUUGAAGGGGACGAUGCGAGCAGGAAGUGAGCCUCCUGCCAUUUGGAAAGUCCAGAAGGCACUGCUGCAGAAAUUCGUGCCAGAACUAAGAGAUGGGAAGCGAGUCUUCUCAGCUACUAACAGUUAUCUGGGAUACUUUGGUGAUGCCAAAACCAUGUACCAGAGAGUCUAUGUGAAGUUUCUGGACACUGUAAACAAAAGGGAGUAUGUCCGAGUGUGCAGUCGGAAGCCACGGUGCAAGCCUAUGAAUUCACUAAGGAGUUUUCAGGUGAAGACUUUGUUGGGCUUAACAGCUGCCCCCUUCUCGCCGCCUCACAGCCAAAAGCCUCGGCCCACCAACAAACCCUUCAAGCCAAGAGCAGAGCCGCCACCCAAGAAGCGGAGGAAAUGGAAGGAGGCGUUGUCGCCCGCUGCCUCGGGGUCUUCCUCUGCAGAAGAAGCUGGUGAAGAAGAUGACUUAAACCCUCCUGUGCCUUUUGCUUCACGACUUCUCAACACAAGAACCAUGAAGGACACUUUCAAGAGCUUUGUGGAACUGCUCAUUAGCAUUGCCCUCGACGAAGAUGUGAUGACAGAACUUGAGCGAAGGAAUGAUGAGUUGCUGCUGCCACAUAUGAGAAGAAUGGACGGGUUGAUCACUGACAACAGGAAACGCAUGCUUCAAAAACUGCACAUGGGGCAAGUCCUCAAGACGGCACUGGACAGCUCCCCUGAGAUCUCAAUGGUGACAGAGCUGAAGAAGGACGGGGAGGCGCCCGCCUUCAAAGUGCGUCUCAGUGGGAAGGCCUACAACAAGAAGACCUUGAAGCCUUACAAGUUGCCUGACAAAGUUCCACAGGAGUACACAGUUGACCAGCAGAAAAGCCAGUGGUUCUCAUUGUAUCACUCUCUACAACACUACAAGUACCACACAUACCUCAUGUGUAAGGACGAGGUCCUGCGGGUGCAGGCAGGAGAGCAGGGACAGCAGGAGAUCAUGCAGAAGUGCUUGCAGAAUGGAGCUUGGGUGGAGGGGCUUUUCAAUCGCUUUGGGGAGCUGAUAAAUCAAGUGCAGCAGGCCUGCCGAUGAUGGACUCAAAAAGACUUAAGAAACGCUGAUGGCUUGUACUUAAAGGACUCGUACUCCUAAGGCUCUCCUCCGAACUCCUACGUGUCUGCUAAAGGGGCUGAGGCCUUAAUAGGAACUCAUAAAGGUUAGUGUGCACCUCCUGUGUGUUAGCGGAAAGCACCAGGAAAUGAUGUUUUGGGUGCAUUUUCCUCAACAAGCUUCUCCCAUUCUGUGUAAGGGUUUAUAUUGCUCUCUACUAUGAAUUCAUAGUUUCUAUUUUUUAUUUAGCUAGAUGACUAUUGACAUGAGAUGCAAUCAGCAUAGAAAGUAGAUGGCCUACAGAUCUAACUACUUUUAGCACUCUGAUAAGUAAUAAGUAGGCUCAAACAGAGAGAAGCUGAUAGAUUGUAAAAAGAAAAAUCUAUAUUAUAUAUACCUGUAGUUAUAUACCUUUUUUAAAUAGUGUCAACUCAAACAUGGCUAUUCAUAUAUAUAGUGUACAUUUUGUAUAAAAAACAGCAGGUGGUAAUAUUGCUAGCAAAAUACUGUAUGUAGCAUACAUUUAAGCUUUUGUCCUACAACCCCCCCAUUUUUAUAAUGAAUAUUGUUCUCUUCCAAGGGUCAAAUAAAGCUGCCUUUAUACUCCUUUGCAUAGCUCACAUUUUAUGAUGACUAGAUAUAUAUUUUUCACAGACGUAAAUAUUGUUCAUGACUUUUUUUCAUCAAUAAUGGAGUAUUUUUAUGUCACUAGGCAAAAGUGUGCUCAAACGUUCGAUGCAGUUUGUAAAUAAAGGGCUGCGUGUA